AAAUCAUAAUCAUAUAAUAUACACAUGUCUGCUUGAUCAUCUUUCAUUACCACCCUCCCAAAGAGGCUGAUAUCAAGAAAAAGCAUACAAAGACUCACAACAAGAACAAAGACAUGGCCGAGGAGUUUCCGGUGACCGGAAUAUGCGGCGGCGCUUGGUGGAAUUCGCCGAAGACCGUGAUGUCUCCGGCGGAGAUAUGCUUGUCGCCCUGUUCCAUGGGGUUUGGACCUGGUCUCAUUACUCCUAACGGUUUCGGCUUAUCUCCGGACAUGAAAUCUAAUCUGUCGUGUACGGAAAAUAACAGCGCAUGUGGCAAUAACUCCAUCGCUUUCGGACACAAGCUUCAACGAGAACCCGAUUCCGACAGCGGUGGAAGUACGGUCACGAUCGAUUCGACCUUGCAGAUGAUGGGUUUAGGGUUUCCUACGAGUUCAUCCUCGGACUGGAACCAAAAUAUAUUGCAAGGAGACUUGAAUUCGAGCUUGAUGGGAAGAACCUCUCAAGAUUAUUGCCAAGGAUUUUUAUCCGUGACAUCACCCUAUGCUUAUAACCCAUCUUCUUCUUCUUCAUCAUCAUCGUCAUCAUCAUCAUCAUCGUCAUCAUCUUCUUCUUCUUCUUCUUCUUCGCCAUCUUCGAGUUUGUUGCAAAGCUUUUACGAAAACGGAUUGAAUCCUUCCCUUCUAAACAACAACCGUACGAUGAACAACACCUUGCUGAUGUCCAUGACCAGUUGUUCCGAGGAUCCACAUAUUUCUUGGUCCAAAACAGAACCUUUCUUGGAACCCAUGUCUUCUGCCAUGAUUCCGAGUUCUAAGCAACAGACUGAUUAUGGAUUUAACAUGUCUAACACCAACACACCACCCUUUUGGAGGUCGUCAAACCCUAACUUAGACAACAUCAGAACCAACAGUUUUGUGACCUCUCCACAGAUCUCCACACGUUUUGGAGAUAAACCCUUGUCUUGUCACAACAAUAUAGCUCCCAAGAUCAAUCUUCAGAGAAGUAGUUGCGGUCAGGCCGCGAAGAAGGCAAGCGAUGAACAUGCAGCGAAAAAGCCGAGAAUCACGACGCCUUCACCAUUGCCAACUUUCAAGGUUAGGAAAGAGAAUCUAAGGGACCAGAUCACUGCUCUCCAACAACUGGUUUCGCCUUUCGGAAAGACAGAUACUGCGUCUGUUCUCCAAGAAGCUAUCGAGUACGUCAAGUUUCUUCAUGACCAAGUUAGUGUUCUUUGCACUCCAUACUUGAAACAAGGCACCUCGGCCCAACAACAACAACAACAACAACAGUUCUCUGAUAAACUAAAAGAUCCCCAAGGAAAUGGCACUCAGGACCUAAAGAGUCGUGGUCUGUGCCUCGUCCCGAUAUCGAGCACGUUCCCGGUCGCUAAUGAAACAACUGCUGAUUUUUGGACACCGACAUUUGGUGGCAAUAAUUUCAGGUAAUUAACAAAAAAAAGAGGAGGGUUUCGGAUUAUCAAGAGGGAUGGGAACAUAUGCUAAAUUCAGCCUGAAGACAAACCAUAACAAUAAUUACUGCCUUAAUUAGUACUUUUUUUAAAAUAUAUUUUUCUCUUUAAAAAAAUAUAUAUAUUUUUUCAAGUGUCUAAUAAUAUAGGUGAAUUUAGCAGAAAUGGGUUGUUUGAAUAGAGAACCUGGUGUUCCUGUCCCGGUUCUUGAAUAUAUAUGUGCAGUUUGCACCACCUUUUUUCCUUUUUUUUUAAUCAUGUUAUAAAUAUAAUAGUAAAAUAAUUAGUUCUUUACUAUAAGAAGUUGUUAUUAUUUCUUGAAUAUAUUUAUACAUAUCUAUAUGUAUAUGUGUAUCUAUA